AUGACCGAGUACAAGCUGGUGGUGGUCGGUGCGGGAGGCGUUGGGAAGAGCGCCCUUACCAUCCAGCUCAUCCAAAAUCACUUUGUGGAUGAAUAUGAUCCGACCAUCGAGGACUCGUACAGAAAACAGGUGGUGAUCGACGGUGAAACAUGUCUGUUGGACAUCCUGGACACUGCAGGUCAGGAGGAAUACAGUGCAAUGAGGGAUCAAUACAUGAGGACAGGAGAAGGGUUCCUCUGCGUCUAUGCCAUCAACAACACCAAGUCCUUUGAGGACGUUCACUUGUACAGAGAGCAGAUCAACAGGGUGAAGGACAGCGACAGCGUUCCCAUGGUGCUGGUGGGCAACAAGAGUGACUUGAGCUCACGCUCGGUGGAGACCCGACAGGCACAGGAACUCGCCCGAAGUUAUGGCGUGCCCUUUGUGGAGACCUCGGCCAAAACCAGACAGGGUGUGGAGGAAGCUUUCUACUCACUUGUGAGAGAGAUCAGAAGAUACAAGGAGACAAACCGCAGCAACAAGAAGAGCAAGAAGAACACUCAGAGACGUUGCAUGAUACUAUAG